GCCGGGGCCGCCGGAGAUGUUCAGUCAUGAAACGGGUCCGCACAGAGCAGAUCCAGAUGGCCGUGUCCUGCUACCUCAAGCGUCGCCAGUACGUGGACUCCGAAGGCCCCCAGAAACAGGGCUUGCGGCUGUGCCAGACCGCCGAAGAGAUGGCGGCCAAUCUCACGGUCCAGUCGGAGUCGGGCUGUGCCAACGUGGUGUCGGCUGCCCCCUGCCAGGUGGAGCCCCAGCAGUAUGAAGUACAGUUUGGACGCUUGCGGAGUUUUCUCGCGGAUUCCGACUCCCAGCACAGCCACGAAGUGACGCCUCUCCUGUAUCCCCUGUUCGUCUACCUCCACCUGAACAUGGUCCAGAGCGGCCUGAAGAGCACCGUGGACAGCUUCUACAGCCGUUUCCACGGGCUGUUCCUGCAGAACGCCGGCCAGAAGGACGUCGUCGAGCAGCUGCAGACGGCCCUGACGGCCCAGGACAUCCUGGCCAACCCGACGCUGCGCGCCUUCCUGGACAACAAGUACGUGGUGCGCCUCCAGGAAGACAGCUACAACUUCCUCCUCCGCUACCUGCAGAGCGACGACAACGGCGCCCUGGUCCAGGCCCUCACGCUGCACAUCCACCUGGACGUGCAGCCGGCCAAGCGGACCGACUACCAGCUGUACGCCAGCGGCGGGUCCUCCCGGGGCGAGAGCCACGGCCUGGAGCCGACCGACGGGCCGCCCGCCCUCCUGCGCAACGAGGCGGCCCUGGAGGCCCUGCGGGAGAGCAUCCGCCGCGUCAGGGACGGGCCCCCGUCCCUCACCACCAUCUGCUUCUACGCCUUCUACCACACGGAGCAGCUGCUCAACACGGCCGAGAUCUCCCCGGACGGCCGGCUGCUGGCCGCCGGCUUCGACGACUCCUGCGUCAAGCUCUGGAGCCUGCGCUCCCAGAAGCUGAAAGCGGAGCCGCACCGCGUGGAUGUGGCCCGCGUCCACCUGGCCUGCGACGUGCUGGACGCCGAGGAGGAAGACGGCGCCGGCACCGAGAUGAAGACCCUGCGCGGCCACUGCGGGCCGGUGUACGGCACGCGCUUCCUCUCGGACGGCUCGGGCCUGCUCUCCUGCUCCGAGGACACGUCCGUCCGCUACUGGGACCUGGGCACGUUCACCAACACGGUGCUCUACCAGGGCCACUCCUACCCGGUGUGGGACCUGGACGUCAGCCCCUGCAGCCUCUACUUCGCCAGCGGCUCCCAGGACCGCACGGCCCGGCUCUGGUCGCUGGACCGGACGUACCCGCUGCGCGUCUACGCCGGCCACCUGGCCGACGUGGACUGCGUCAGGUUCCACCCCAACUCCAACUACCUGGCCACCGGCUCCACCGACAAGACGGUGCGGCUGUGGAGCGCCCAGCAGGGAGGCUCCGUGCGGCUCUUCACCGGCCACCGGGGCCCCGUCCUGUCGCUCGCCUUCUCGCCCAACGGCAAGUUCCUGGCGUCGGCCGGCGAGGACCAGCGGCUGAAGCUGUGGGACCUGGCGGGCGGGGCCCCCUUCAAGGAGCUGAGAGGCCACACGGACAACAUCACCGGCCUGGCCUUCAGCCCGGACAGCAGCCUGGUGGCCUCGGCCUCGAUGGACAACUCCGUCCGCGUCUGGGACAUCCGCGGCGCGCACUGCGGGGCCGCCGCCGACGGCUCGUCCGGGGAGCUGGUGGGCGUCUACGCCGGCCAGGCCGGCAGCGUGCUGAGCGUCCAGUUCGGGGCCUGCAACCUCCUUCUGGUCACCGGGGUGACCCAGGAAAAUCAGGAACACUGACUCGGUUUCUGACACGGAUCGGGGAAGGGGGAGGGCGGCUUCCGGGCGCCUUAUUCCGAACGGGGAUGGUUUCGGUGACUGU